AUUAGGCCUGAUCGAACAUAGUUUUUGUCUCCUAUUUACGCUUGGAACGGAAAUGCUGUGAACCCAGCCGGACAUGUGUUCUCUGGAAGGGGUGCUAGUACAUAAACCGUGUUAGACAAAUCGGUUAUCAGAUCAGAGUUCGGAACCAGGGGCGUCGGCAGGUGGUUGCAUCUACCUUCCACAUUAUCUUCUAGAUUCCACUAUAUUAACAGGCAAUACAAAAGCGAAGUUAUCAAGAUGAGGGGGCCCCAGGACCUGGUCAUGUAUGCAGCUUUGCUUACCCUAUGUGGUCUAUGCCUUCUACUCAGUGAUAGGACUGUGUAUUGCAAAGCGGUUUCAGAUGAAAGCAUCGACAGAGACGCUCUUGAUAUAAAGAAUUUGGAUGGACUUGAAAAACCAUCGAGCGCAAAGAUUGAGGAAAAGAGAAAGUGGGCUGAUUAUGCCACAUGGGGCAAAAGGAAGUGGGAAGGGGUUCCAACUUGGGGCAAACGUUGGUCCGAAGGUUUGACCACUUGGGGAAAACGAGCUGAUGACCACAACCAGGCAAAACGACAGUGGAAUCAAUUCGUAACGUGGGGCAAGAGAAGCUCAGCUGACGAUAAACGCAAGGAUUGGUCCUCUUUUUCUACUUGGGGUAAAAGAGGGAAAUGGUCAGGUUUUAACACAUGGGGAAAACGUGAUGUUAACACGGAUGCCUUGGAGAAUGCCAUCACGGAAAGAGUUAUCAACCGUUUCGAUGACGACGGUGACCAUGGACUCAACAGAGAUGAAAUGCUGGCCUUUGUUAACUGGCUACGCGUGACGGGGGGAGAAAGUCCGUCCCUGGACGGCUUUAACAACUAGACGCCUUGGCCCCCACCGAGGACUGUGUGAAAUCUACUGGAGGCGAUUCCCCCAAUAACAGACUCAGAUGGUGGGCAAACAGCGGCUAAUAGCAUUUACAUCUCCAUGGUCGAGAAUCUAAAGUACUUCUUGGCACGAAAAUGCUGUCAUUUAUGAAAUACUUCUAACUUCAUGCGAUUUUCAACCAGAUACUACUACGUGGCAAAUGCUGAACUGGCUUAUUAUUUGGGCAUCUGUUUCUGUUUACUUAUUACUAGUAUACCAUGUGUUUUCUGAUAAAGCGUUCAUUGAACGCCAUCAAAGCUUUACCUGGCAGUUUCUUUUCAUUCUGCCAUCACAUGACCUGCACCAGACUGACAUAGUGAAGAUUCUGAGCUUGACUUCGGUAACAUUUUUGUUACAUAAUAUUAUUUUUAGACAAUAAAGGUACCAUGUUUA